AUGGAUAGUUUAGAAGAAAGCUAAUUUCUUGAAAUUUAUUCACAAUCUACAACUUAUUCCAGUCUCCCAUCUGAUAAAAGUAAAGCAGGGUAUGUGACAGAACUUUCUUUAUUUAAAGAAGAUCUUCAAAUGAGUACUACGUCAUUAUUUAAAGGUGAUUAAUAAGAAUACAUCAUUAUUUGGGGUGACCCUUAUGUCAAUGAAGACAACGAACACGCAAAAUAGGGCUUGAUAAGCAUGUACCCUUUCUUAAAAAAUAGAAUCUACAAAUUCGAAAAAAGCAAGGACUUCAGAUAAAAAUCAAUAGAAUUUGCUAGAAUGAAUAUUUUGUUUUUAAUGAGUGGAACAUUUGCGAAUGAGUAACUUGAUGGCCAAUCUAAUAUUCAGUGGGUCAAUAACAAUAUUAGAGAUUAAAAAUUACAUUCUAAAUCAAUUAUCCUCUUUACAAGUAUGAAUACAGUGAGGAAGAAUAACUGGACUAUCGAGAAUCUAUAGUAAAAAUAUAAAUAUGUUACUUAAUUGACAGUUGACUACUCAUUUUUAUUCACUAGCUUUGAUAAAAUGAUUUUCAAUAGGAUACACAGAUCGUUUAUUUAGAAUAGCCACUUGGAUUACUAUUUUAGAUCAAAAACUAAAGAUAUUUUGAAUAUUUUUUAGACCCCUAAAAGCCAUAGUUUUAAGGAACUUCAAUCAAGCAUUAAGGAUUUAAAGAAUCAAUUUUAAUAACUAUGUUAAUAUGUGAAGGAAAACGAAAUUCAAGCUCCACUUACCCUUUACCUCUCAUAAGUUGAUUUGGAAUAAACUGUUUAAUAUAUUGAAUAAUGUUUCACAUUGAAUGGUGCCUCAAAAAAUGAUGAUAAAAUAAUAGAGAAUUUUAUCAAACUUUAUACACAAGAAACACCUGUUUACAAGAUUUUGAAUUUCUCUUUAAAUACUAUGAAUAUGUAAGUCUACAAUUACUUAAAAGACGUUUUUAAAAUAUUAUCAAAGUGUAUCUAUUCAUAUAAUGAUAAUCAGAAUAUAUCAGAAAUCAAACUUGUGAGAGGAGCAGCUAUUUAAAAGUAUUAAUAUGACACUAUGUACUAGGAAUAUUCAUAUAAUCAAAAAAAAAAUGUUCCUACAUUUAUUUCAUUUCCUUAAUUCUUAUCUACGUCUAAUUGUGAAAAGGUAGCCAAAAGAACUAUGGGUCUAAGAAUUAUCGAAGUAAAGGUAGAAUAAUCAGGAAGAGAAUAAGUACUUAAUUAAUAUUCAAUUCUUAAUAAAGAAUAUCUAAAAAGCGAAGAAUUCAGAAAGGCUUACAAAGUGCUUAUUUACAUAGAUGCGAAAUUUGACUCGAAUAAUUAAUUCAAGCCUAAGUCUAUAAAGAAUAUUUCAAAUUACUUUGAGGAAAAUGAAUUUCUUUUCUAACCAUUUUAAUCUUUUAGAAUUGAUUCCAUGCAAGAAGGGUUCUAGGAAGGCACUGAAUUAGAAAUGAGACUUACUUACUUACUUUGA